AGGUCCAAAAGAGGAAUCGCAUCAGAAUUUUUUUUUUUUUUUGGGGAAAAAUUAAUAUUUGUCAAGUGCAAAAGAGAUGGCUGAGUUUUAAGUUUGGCAUUUGUAGAUUGUAAACGUUUAAUACCACCGAUGGUUCGAAAAAACGAGUUUUUUCCUGAGGCGUCUACAAUUGACAGACGUUGGAUGAAUUUUACCAUUAAAAAUUUCGACACGAGAGAGAAAUAUUUUCAUGAGAAGAACCAUCGCAUACGGCUUGUAAAUUUAGUGAGACGUUUUGGCGUUUCUUGGAAUUUAUCCCUUAGUCUUUGACGAAUAUUGACAACUGAAAAGAAUUGGUCAUGGGAGAAAACGAAAAAGAAUUUGUCCUGCAAUGGGAUGGACAUGCAGGAUACGUCACAGAACGAUUUAGUGGAUUAUUGGCACGUCAGGCUCUCGUUGAUGUGACACUUAUUUGUGAGGAGCAAAAAUUACGAGUUCAUAAAUUGGUUUUAGCAUCGUGCAGUUUAUAUUUUGAGGAGAUGCUGGAACAAGAUCUUGGACAAGAGCCAAUUAUAGUUCUCAAAGAUUUGAACUUUGAAGUAUUAAAAGCAAUGGUUGAAUUUAUGUACUGCGGGGAAACUACUAUCUCACAAAAAUAUUUACCUUCACUGCUGAUAGCGGCAAGACUGUUCAAAGUAAACGAAUUAGAAUUUAUAGCUAAGCAGAUAUCUGAAUCUCAAGAUGUCGGUGACGAUGGCUCAAAUAGUGAUAAGAUUUUCGAGGAAUAUAGCGAUGGUUCUGAAUAUAUAAAUAAAUUAGUGGAAAUUGACAGCGAUUGCGAGGAAAUUAUUCCCGAUACACAAAAUAAUAAUGACGUUGAUUGUUACGAUAUUAAAGAUAUCAGUGACACGGAAUCGGAAAAAGGUCCAAUUGAAUGUUGUAGUGCAGCGAGUAAUGAUUCUGAACCUGAAUUAGAACAUACAUUGUACGAGGAAAUUGAAAUAAAAAAUAAAAAUAUCACUUCUGAAGUCUCAUCAACAUGUGUUAAUGGUUCUUCAUCUGAAAUUGAAAGAAUUUCUAAAAUAUUAGAACACGAUAAAUCAUUACAAUUAUUUGAAAAUGAAUCUAUGAUGAUUGAAUGCGAGGAACGUAAUAAUGACGAUGACGACGAAGAUGAUGAUGAUUCUGGUGAAAAAAUAAUAAACUAUAACGAAUGCUGUGAUUAUUCAAAUGACGAGAGUCAAAAAUCAUCGUCACGUCAAAAUGAUGAGACUGAUGAGCGUUAUUCAUCAGACAGUACAGACGUUGGUAAUAAAGUUGGACAAUGUUUAAAAGUUUAUACACACAAAAAACGUAAAAGUAUCAAUAAAAUACGUAAUCAUUUAUUGCAAAUCAAUGAAUUAUUACCAGAAUUACCAACAACAAAAAGUAUUGAUUUAUUAAAUGAUUCAUCGAGUGAUGAGACAUCAUUAAAUAUUGAAAAUUCCGAAUAUGUCUCAAGUUUAACAAGUGAAAAUAUACAAUCAAUUGUUGGUUGUACAUUAAAUGAAUUUAAUUUAAUAGAUAGUGAUAAUGAAAUAAAUGUGUGUAACGGCUUUUUCCCAAGUAAUGAUAAAAAUUAUGUUGUCGAUGGUGACAAGGAAAUAAGAAAAGUUGAAUUUUUCACCGAAUAUGAAAAUGAUCGUCGUUUAAGAAAAAAACCAAUUCUACGAAGAAGCGUACGUCUCAGUCAACAAGAAUCUGAGGAAUCAAUUGAGGAUAAUUUAUUUCUCAAUAAAACAAAAAAACACAAAAUUUGUAUUGUCGACAGAGAACAUAAAGUGGAUAUAUUUCCAAAAAAAAAGCGUAAACGACAUUCAGAACCAACAACAACAUCUAAUAAUGUAAAACAUAAUCGAUCUAUACGUAAAACGGCAAAAUAUCGAACUCGUACACGAUUAGAGCCAAAAAUAGAAAAGGAAAAAUUAAAAGAACAAGAAAAAAUAAAAGAUGAGAAAUGUGAAAAGGAGACAAUAGAAAAUUUAGAACAACAACAAUUAAAUACAAUAGCAACUGUUAAUCGUGCAUUAUGGGGUGAUAUGACUGAUAUUUCACAGGAAAUAAAUAAUACUAAUGAUUCAAUGGAAUGUUCAAUGGAAAUUCCAUUUGCCGUUGGUCUAUUGCCAUUAAGAGCUGCACUUGAAAAAAUGCAAGCAAUGCCCGAUUAUCAACCAAGAAAAACAAGAUCAUCAGUUGCUCCAAUUAAACAGGAUACAACGAAUAAUUAUCACAAGAGAAAAAAUAAUAAUCAUUGUGAAAUUGCUAAUGUCUCGAAAAAACAUAUUGCCACCAGUGAGAGUAUAAUUAAGGAAAAUGCUAAAACCGUUUGUCAUAUUGAAAUUCGAACAGCAUCACAGUGCUCUGCACGAAGUCGAAAACGAUCAUUGUCAGAUUGUUCUAGUGUAGAAUCAACUGCCAUAGCAGAUAAACAAUAGCACCAAUAAUUUGCAAGUAUGAGCUUUUUCUUUUUAAAUUAUUCAACAAGACGCAUUCUUAAAAAAAAAAAAAAUUCAAAAGAAAAUUACAAUUAUUGAUGAAAUAAAAUCAAUUAUUCUAAUUUUUUAUUUUGAAAUUUGUAAAUAUUUAAAUACUAAAAUUAUUAAUUUAUUUAAUUUUCAAAAAUAUGUUAAUAAAUCUUAUGUUUAUAAAAUUUCUCUAAAAAAAAAAAUUUCUCAAAAAAAAAAAAGAAACGAAUGCGUCCUGCUCAAAAUUUCAAGUGUUCAAAAACAAAAUUUUUUUUUUGAAUUCUUAUAGAAAAAAUAAUUUUUAUAUAAAAUGCUGUGAUGUGAAAACAAAAAAUUCUUAAUAUUACUCUCUGCAAGGUUUUUUAGAUAAAUUUUCGCAUAAUUUGGGCCUGUGUUUUGAGUAAAAAAAAAAAAUUAAAUAAUAUAAUAAAUUAAAUCUAGUUUUUAACAUUAGUAUAAUAAUAUUAAAGUCAUCAUUUGGAUUGUUUCUAUUAAGAUUUGAAUUAAAUGGAAAGUUUAAUUCGUAAUUAUGCGAAACAUUGAGAUUUCUAGUUAAUUGAUAAAAAAAAAAAAUAAAUAAUUUAAUUAAUUAUUAUUUUAAAGUGUGCAUAUUGUACUCAGCAUAAUAUAAUUCUAUUGCAGUUUCAUUGAGACAGAAAGAAAAAAAGAUUUUAUAAAAUUAUUUAUCUUUCUUACAAAAAUUAUAUUAUAUAUUAUAUAUUAUAAGCUUUGUGUCGUCGAGAUUGUGAUUUAAAAAUGCAAUACCUUUUUAUAUUUUUUAACUAUGUUGAUUGUAUAUUUAAUUUCCUAUAAUAGUAAAAAAAAAAGAAACAAAAAAAUAUUUCCGUCAAAAUAAUUCAAUGAAAAUUAUUUAAAUUUUCAAUGAAUUUAAAUAAUUAAAAUUGAACAAUAAUAAUUAGUGAAAAAGAAUCGAAAAGUCUGAAAUCUAUGUCUCCAUAAUUAAUUGCGACAAGAUUUAAAACUUGGAAUACAAUUUUUUGUUUUCUUUAUUUAAACAGGCCCCGCUAUACCUCGAAUGUUAUAUUAUUGUACAGAUUUUAUUAAAGCUAUAUGUGUUAUAUGUAGUACAUAUUGUUGUAUUACAUUCAUACAACACAAUCUAUUGUUGCGUACAAAAAAAAACACCAAUUUUUUGUGAACAAAAAAAAAAUUAUCUUUCAAAGAUAGCUUCAGAGUUUUAAUAGGCUUAAAAAAUGUGUGAAAUAAAACAGAAAAAAAAGAAACAAACAAAACUAAAAGAAAAUCUUAGCAAAGUUUAUGUCUCUUUAAGAAUUUACUAUAAUUCUAAUAAUUAAUUAUUACUAAAUUUCUCAAUUACAAAAUCAUUUUGUUAUUUGUACUUAUAAGAAAUGCUACAAAUUAAGAGCAGUUGUAAAUUUGCCAUUACAAAUCGCACGACACUGUUCAAAGAAUGUAAGAAAAAAGAAAAUAUUGUUGAUAUUGUAGCUGUAAAUACGUAAGUGUUAUAUCAAUAUUUUUUUAAAUAAAGGUUUAUAUCGAUAAUUUA